CGUCUGAUUCUUCCCAGUAAUGAAUGCCACUGUGGAGAUAAUCGCUUGAGUGAGAAUAAGGUUGGAGAUGAUGGAUGUUCAUCCCCAUGUUCUGGUGAUACCAAGAAAAGGUGUGGAGGCAUUGGCAAACUAUCACUUUACUCCACAGGAAUUACAGAUGUUUCAGCAACAGGUAAGCUGAUCGGUUGUUUCAUUGAUGAAACUCUACCAAGAGUGUUGGACCAAUAUAAGACAGACCUGGACAACACAAACAGUCCUCGUAGAUGUCUCAACUAUUGUUUGGCUCUUGGCUACUUAUUCGCUGGAGUGGAGUACCAGAGGGAAUGUUUCUGUGGUAACACUCGCCCAAGUUCUUCUCUCAAUUCUCCAGACAGUGAAUGUAACUCCAUCUGUUCAGGAGACAGCUCGGAGAUAUGUGGUGGUAACUGGCGAAUAGCUGUAUACCGCACUGGCAAUGGUGACAGUGUGUCUCCACCAGACAAAGUUUCACCAUGUGAGCCAUCAGUGACUCUGAUGAAUGGUAAGCCCGCUUGUCGCGGUGCCACUCUGUUCAUAGAUACCUUCUCCAAUAGCACACUACAUCCACAUUGGAAACACGAGAUCAAGAUAGCAGAUACACCUGAUUAUGAAUUCGUAACUUUUAAUUCCUUACCCGCCAACUCAUUCCAGAGGGAUGGAAAAUUGAUUAUAAAGCCUGUCGUUCUCUCAGAUAGGGAUGUGGAACAAGGGCAUAUUAAACUGAAUAGUUGUACCGGACUGGCUAACAGCCGAGAGUGUGAGCUGUCAGCAUUCUCCUACAACAUCCUACCUCCUGUCCGCUCUGCCAGGAUACAUACACGCAAUAGCUUUAGCUUCCGCUAUGGAAUUGUGCAAAUAAGGGCUAGGCUACCAGCGGGAGACUGGAUAGUACCAGAGUUGUGGCUCAUGCCUAAAGACCAGAGUUAUGGCAGCAGUUAUCAAUCAGGGAAGGUGCGAGUGGCUAUGUCUCGAGGUAACCGACAGCUGACCUGUAAUGGGAAAGACAUGGGUUCUUCUGUCCUGGAGAGUGGUGUUCUAGUGGGAACUGAAAGCAAUGUUUUAAGUCACUCAGUUUUGAAUAGGAUAUCUGACAGCUGGUACAGUCACCCUCACAACUACACUCUGAUCUGGACUCCUGACAACCUGUUAUUUUAUGUUGAUGGCCAGCCCCAACAAGCACUGCUGCCACCUGGUGUCAGACUCACUGAACUGCUUGGCUUCAGGGAUGAUGAGUUGUCUGCCUGGAAAACAGGAUCCAGAAUAGCUCCCUUUGAUACUGAUUUUUACCUGUCAAUGGGAGUGUCAGUAGGUGGUUCUAGAGAUUUUCCAGAUGGCUGUAUCAACAAGGACAGGGUGAAGCCUUGGACCAAUUUCAAACUUAAGGCAAUGCUAAAUUUCUGGCUGGAUAAGGAACAUUGGUGGCCAUCUUGGGGUGAUGUUAAGUCAUCGAUGAUAGUGGAACACGUUCAAGUGACAGACAGCUCUCUGAUGGCCUUUGCUGCUAUGUUUUAUUAA